CGCUUGCCUGUUUAAUUGCCACAAGCCAAUGGGUUCGUCAUUUUCUCCGGAUUUAAGGGACUUAAUUGUGUGUCAGGCGAGGGUAGAAGCAAUUAUCUAGUGAAGUAAUUCUACACCAGUUAUCUCCAGUUUCUUCCGAGGUCAAGCCGCCACCCACUGCUGACCCCAGCCAAAACACCUUCCACUCAACAACUUCCGUCUUUAGGUCCAGUUCCCCUCAUUGGAGGCAUCAAUCUAGUACCCCCAAUGUCCAACGGCACCAUGAAAAGCCCAGAAGGACGUAUUGAAUGUAUCGGUGAUAACAGUUCCAUCCAAUACGAAGAGAAGGACAGGAAGGAGCGACGUAGGCGCCAAAACAGACUGAAUCAACAAACAUGGCGCGAACGGCAGCGAAUAAAGAAAGAGGCUGCUCUUCUAGCAGAGAAGCGCGCCUUGCAGGAGCACGAAGAUCAAGUGGUAGCGGGUCUGGCUCUGGCGCCAAUUAACCCGAUGCAGACGCAGCAGCCUCAUCCACCAGCCGAUCUUACAGGAUUAAUGUCCAUGCUUUCGACCGAGGAGGCCGUUAGACUUCGCGGACUAAUAGCGUCAAAUCGUUCCCGUUGUGUGCUACCCCAACCUCAUAUCUAUCGCCUGCUAGCUGUCUUCGAGGCAGCGGCCUAUCAGAGCUAUGCCGGCAGCCCCCAGGCCGAUCACCUUCUCACAUUGGCCAAGUUGAAUGUAUUUCGUGCCUUUGUACGUAACAUCGCGGUGCUGGGAUACAGUCGGGAAUGGAUGACGGACGACGCUAUCUCGCGCUUUAGUACUAGUGGGCCCUCCCCCUCGCAGGUCCUGCCGGAGCAGAAUCUGCCCUCCAGUCUGCGCCCGACACAACUGCAAUACAGCCAGCCUCAUCAUCCUUGGUUAGACUUCUUUCCCUUCGCGCGCUUAAGGGAUAAUCUCAUUCAGGAUGAGAAUGACAUGGAUGAUUCCCAAUUCUGUCGCGAUCUUAUGGGCUUCUGGACGAUGCCCCAGGAAGAUACUUGCGUGUUUGUCUGGGGCGAUCCAUGGAAUCCGAUGAACUGGGAAAUCACCGAAGCAUUUCUGCGCAAGUGGGGGUGGCUCUUAGAGGGAUGUCCCGAGAUCUUCUGGUCCACCAACUACUGGCGGCAGCUACGGGGAGAGAAGCGCCUGAACAGGAGGGCCAUCUUUGACGUACCCACCACCACAGGAGUGGUGUAAAUAUUUUGAACCCUAUAAUCUGAAAGUGGAAUUUUCUGAAAAUGUUUGGUUACGGCGCAAGUGUGGGCUUCUGGACUCUGGAAUUCAAGGUGGCAAAUCAUUUUGGCUGUCCCAACCAAAGGCCACGGGACAUGCUGGUACCACGUGUAAGGUCAUGACUUCUUGUCUCUGUGCAUGAUUAGAGUCUUAUCAGGAGAGCAUCAUAGCUCCGCAUGAGGGUAAGACCCACUGCAAGCGCGUAAUCAAGUGACAGUGUGGGAUGAGUUCAAUAUUCUCCGAACUAUAAAAUGGUCAGAUAGGCACGCUGAAGCU